AGGUUGGGUAACAGAAAAACAGCAGAGGGUCGAGAUGCUUCCACUUUCCCUACUAACGACUGGGUUGAGAAACCAGAGAGAAAAGGAGAGAAAAUAUAGCCGAGAAAAUGGUCGGGAUUUCUAUUAUUUUCUUUAUACUUUCCAUCUUGUUAUCUGCUACCGCUGAAGCUUCUCAAUGCUCAGCCAUUGGACUCCCUCUGGUAAGGAAGAUUAAUGAGCUUCCACAGGAUAAUUAUGGACGGGAAGGUUUGUCCCACAUCACUGUUGCAGGUUCACUCAUGCAUGGGAUGAAAGAGGUUGAGGUGUGGCUUCAAACAUUUUCCCCAGGAUCACACACGCCAAUCCAUAGGCAUUCAUGUGAAGAAGUUUUUGUUGUCCUAAAGGGGAGCGGCACACUCUAUCUUGCCUCAAGUUCACAUGAGAAGCAUCCAGGAAAACCCCAAGAGUAUCCCAUCGUUUCAAAUAGCACAUUUCAUAUCCCUGUUAAUGAUGUUCACCAGGUCUGGAAUACAAAUGAAAAUGAAGAUUUGCAGAUGCUAGUCAUAAUAUCUCGCCCGCCAGUGAAAGUAUUCAUAUACGAGGAUUGGCACAUGCCUCACACUGCAUCAAAAUUGAAGUUUCCAUAUUAUUGGGAUGAGCAAUGCCUUCAAACACCCCCAAAAGAUGAGCUUUAGUUUUCAAUCCACAGCCUUUGCAUUUUGCUGUUAUCCAUCUGAGCCUUUCAUUCAUUGACUGAAAAAUCCAAUGGUACCAUUUUCUAUGAAAAGACAAAGGAGAAAGAAGAGUUUUACUUGAAUUUUGAGAAUAGGUUUAGAGAUUAAAGUUCAAAGGAAGUUGUAGAUUCUUAUGGCCAGCUGAUUUGGUAUAGGAUAACGAUAUAAAACUAAAAACUUGAUCAUCUCAUGUUUAUUGUUCAUAUUCAUGGUUUGUUUUAUCCAAUUAAGAUUUAGAAUA